AUGGUCCUCAGAUCAAACCUGCCCCGCUCGCAGAUCCUCCAGCUCCUGCCGGCGCUGCUGCCUGCGGCGACCUGGCGGCCGCUGCCAGCCAUCGCCGUCGGAGGCGUCUCGUCGGGCGACCAGGGGCAGAUUGCCGGCGACAAGGCCUUUCAGCCUGGGCUGGCGGGCAAGGACUACGGCAAGAGCGAGAUGUCGUACGACGACUUCACAAAGCGGCCGAGCGGCAUGGCGUUCAAGGAGGCGAAGCCCGGCAACGGAAAGUCGCCCGUCGCCGGCGACCGCGUCGUGGUGGACUGGAGCGGCUACACGAUCGGCUACUUUGGUCGGCCGUUCGAGACGAAGAAGCUGGUCGAGCUAGACGGCAAGGACAAGGCCUACCUCCGCUUUGAGCUCGGAAAGGGCGCUGUCCUGCCCGCGCUCGAGGAGGCCGUUGCGGGGAUGAGCGAGGGUGGAGUGUGGCAGGUGGUGGUCCCCUACCGGCCCGGCCUCAGCUACCCAGACGAUGACAAGGACCACGAGCGGGUGGGUCCUGUCCCUAGCACCUUCUCGGGCCAACGCGCGCUCAACUUUGUGCUGUAUAACAAGGACCUCAUCGACAAGACGCUCCUCUUCAACGUCAAGGUGAUCCGGGUGGACAGGCCCGGAGAGAACGGGUGGAAGAAGGGCUAG